GCAAAAAGCAAUCUCCAUGAUGAUCUCUCAUGCGAGUCAAGUGCAAACUAUGACAAGAACACUACAGUAGCAGUCCGAAAUGAGAUCGCAUUCAGUAGAAUAGUGGUGACGUCAGACAUCUUGAUCUUCAUGUCCGGCGUGAGAUCUUUUGGUCUAUCUUUUUGAUGCUUUACAUGGAUCAUACAUGCAUAGAAGAUAGUGAAUAUUCUUUCAUCGUUAGCAAACAAAGAAAUCCUUUACGUUCGUCAUACUAUGCGGCUCGAAUAAUUGCAGCUUUCCUACAACGUUCAGCUGGCUCGUAGUAGUUUCAAGCUUGUUCAAAAUAUCUUACCCUCCUUCUAGAUUGUAAUGGCAUCAGUACCAGUUUGUUACACCGACAGACAACUUCUUGAACUUUCUAUACAACAGGCCGGGUGGUGUAGUAGUGGUUUAUUUAUGUCAUGCUGUAUCUCCCUGGCAUUGUGUCCGUCCUCCCUUUCAUUUUGCAAUUGUAGGUUCUCUUUCUGGAAGUUUUUGGCAACAUCCCCUCCCCUCUAUUGAUCAUCCACAAUCUAGAACGGCGUUUCUUUCCUUUUGGAGCGCCGUUCGAUCUUCCUCCGUUUUCUUUUCUUUCAUGUGUGUGAGCGAGCAAACGGGGUGGUUCUUAUUGUGACGUACCCAACCGAGGUUUGUCGACGUUGCCCCCGAUACUACUUUUGGAGAACAACUUCUAAAACAAGUAGGAGUACUACAAAUUAUAGGAUAUCUAGUGGCAAAGAUAUACCAGACAAGUCAGAUUAACAAGGUCCAGCUCUCCAUCAUGGCGCGUGGUUUGAGAGAGGAGACUCGCGAGAAGGACUCCGGGUCAUUUGCGUUGUCCUCGUCAGAUGCGUCAUCUUCCUCCUCGUGUGCGGCCUCGAAGAGGCGCGGAACGACCUCAACAUGGCGUGGUGGUUUCUCGCGACGUACUGCGGCAGCUUUUGUGGCCGCCACGACGAUCUUCGCACACGGCCCGACUGCCGUAGUUGCUGAUGGUCCCGCGGCAAUGAUGGGCAUCGAUCUCGGCAACGAGUUCAUGAAGGUGACGUUGGUGAAGGAUCGAGAGGCGGAUUUGGCACUGAACAUUCACUCUCAGCGGAAGACGCCGGCGGCGGUCUCGUUCGCAGGGCAGGUGCGAGCGUUUGGUGACCAAGCGUUGGCAUCACAAAACCGCAACGACGUCGGCGCCUUCAGUUACAUCAAUAGGCUGCUCGGUCAGGGCGUUGACGAGGCCUGCACCGAAGAGGAGCACCUCGCAAAGGAUCCGAAGUGCAUUGACAAUGCGCUCGGCCUCUCCAACGAGUACUACUCAAGCUACAAGCUAGUAAAGAACGAAACCAGAGGCGUCUGGGAUCUGCUCACCGACGCUAAGACCGGUACUCACUCUGUCUGUUCUUUUAGCCGUAUCAUGACCUUUUCCAGGAUACUGAUAACAUUGACAGCAUCAAAAGUUAAAACUAGAGGUAAAUAAGUGGUACAUGCUCGUCAUACAGUAUUGAUACUUAAAGAUUGUUUGAAGGGUUACACAAGUGAUCCCAAGCGACGGGGAGGAAUAGAGAGCCUCUGAUCAUCAUGCAUUGUUUGUAAAUGUGAAGCAGAAGGAUGGUUUUCGUUGUUGUAGAGCCGCAUUUUUAAAAUUUCUGUGAGUGUGUGCAUUUUUUCACUCUAGGCACAUCGAUGAGCACAGAGUUGGUCAUAGCGAACGUGUUGCAAUAUGCGAAGGGCAUUGCGGAAGCUUCGAACGACGGCCGAGCCAUCCGUGAUACUGUCGUGACUAUUCCAUCGUCUUAUAACCAGCGUCAGCGACAAGCUAUCAUUGACUCCGCGAAGAUUGCGGGUCUUAAUAGUAUCCUCGUUCACGAAACAUCCGCCGGCGCAGUAAACAUGGCCAUGGAUUGGAGCAAGGAGAAAACGGAGAACGUUCUGUAUAAAGAAUUUUAAUUUUUACAUUUUUUCAAUUUCAGAAACCAUCUUCGUGACUACAAAAUUCAUUGAAAAUCUCGUGCCACCAAAAACAAUCUGUAAUAGAACCAAUUACUGGAGAAAACAAGUGUGUUUUUUCUUUUACAUUUGAAAACUUUCUUCCAAAAACUAAACCGACUCCUAGGUUCUACAACAUGGGUGCGCGAUCUACCGAAGUAUGCAUUGCAGAGUUCUCACCCCGAGCGGCAGGGAUGGUUGCUGGUAGAACAACGCCCAGCAUUGUCAUGAAAGCGUGUGUCCACGACGAGCAGAUUGGUGGCCAUUUUGGGGAUCUCGCAUUGGCAGAGGAAAUGAAGAAACGAUUUAUCAAAAAGUAUUGCCGACCCCGACGCUAAAGCCUUCUUUUUUGAUAUUCACGAAUAAGAUAAUGGUAAUCGUAUUCAACAAAGCUCUUGGCGAGAUGAUCCCCUAGAACUUAUCUCAUUCAUUGACACGUGGUCGUCCUCGAUACAACAGGAUCCCUGUAUUAGUAGAUGUAUACCAGCUUCAUCAACUCCUCAUUCGUUGUGUUGAAAUUUACAAGAUCAUUAGUGUUGGUGAGGAACAGCGUGUUGAUGCUAAACAAUUACACCGAAUUCGAAGGUACCCGAAGCUUGCAGAUAUCGCGAAAUCGCCGCGCGCUUUGCGUAAGCUGUUGGCCCAAGCCAAGAAGACGCGUCACAAUCUCUCCGCCGGCAAGGAAGGCAUGUUCUCGAUUGAGAACUUAUAUGAAGAAAAGGACUUCGCAAGCAAAAUCACGCGUGCCGACUUUGAGGCGUUGUUAAGCGACAUGUGGGCCAAGCUCACCAAUCCGAUUGAGGCGUGCCUGGAAAAGGCGAAGAUGAAGAUCAGCGACAUCGAUAUGAUGGAAAUCGUGGGUAUGGCCUGGCGCAUGCCGAAGGUGCAAGACGUGCUCAACGCCUACUUCACCAAGGCGCAGGAGCAGCGCGAGGGGAAGGAUGCCCUCGCAUUGGGCCAGCACCUGAACGGUGAUGAGACAUUCGUCCUUGGUGCUUCCCUCUUCGCGGCAAACUCCAGUCGCGUAAUCAGACCCCGAAAGAAAGUCUUCUUCAGCGACACCACACACUACCACAAGUACUUACAUGAUGAAUGAACAAGGACUUAUAUGGCUUCUUGACUGAACAACGUCGCUCCGCUAUGUUGAGCGUCCAUCUUGAUUCAGAUUCUUGUGAUCUUAUCGCCGAGCCAAGUGGAGCCUCCAUAACUACAAGCAUUAUCAUUUCCAUCAUUGUCAUCAUUAUCUAUUUCCCCACCGCAAACCAGCUACACGAUCGAUUUGAUUAGUGCGAAGACGAAUGAGCCAUUGAAAGACACAACCGAAAUUGCUAUUCUCGGCUCCCGUUUUGGAGUAAAGAAGAAGAUUACCGUCAACGACGCGAAGGAGGAUUUCAGCGUAUUCUUACUUAUGAUCGAUCCCUCAGGACUACUUGAGUGAAUAAUAGGAAGUAGGUAGAUCGUAAAAUUUGAAUUGUCCUGCAAUUUGGUAGAAUAUGACAAAUUGUGACUGCCUAUUUUGCUUCAGAAAGACUUAUUUUCGAGCAAAAGAAACUCUGUUUAUCACUUGCUGCUCAGAUCAAGCUCUAUGAGAGUGGCAAGUUGUUGUCGACUUGGUCCGUGACUGGACUAGAGGAGGCCGCUGAAAAAGACUACGGUCACCUGGUCGCGAACGGAACCUCUCCGAAGGUCGCCUUCACUCUCGGACCAGAUUACAGUGGCGUGAUCCAACUCUCCAAGAAGGUCGAGGCCCUGUUUGUCGAGGAACGGGAAGAGGAAGUCGUCGAUGAAGAAGCGAUGGCGGCGAGGAGAAAGUAUUUCGAUACAUAUUCUAUGUCUGCACUGGCAUGUAGCUGCCGCAAGCUGCCGUGUCUCUAUGCGGGUCACAACGGAACCAGGCAGCUACUUGUAGCUGCUACGUGGUUCGAAUGAAUGAAUGAAUGAAUGAAUGAGUAUCUUCUUGCAUUUACUUAUGCCCGGUAAUUACCGCCGCCUCGACCUUCGCCGUUGCAUUACUGGUAGUGGUUCGCGAAAUUAUGGUUCUAUUUCUAGUACGUCGUAACUAUCUCUACCCACCGUAUUCAGGCGAAAAGCCGAAAAAGCAAAGAAGGAAGCAGCGCUAAAGGCUGGCAAUUCAACGACCGCUACGGACGAGAACAGCACGAAUUCCACUGUCGAAAAGAAAACGGAAGAAGGCGACGAUGCCGAAAAGAAGGACGGUGAGGAUGUCGAGAAAAAAGAGGAUGAUGCAGAGAAGAAGGACGGCGAGGAUGCUGAGAAGAAGGAUGACGAUGCUGAAAAGAAGGAUGUUGAGGAUGCUGAGAAAAAAAUGGAUGAGUCGGCUGAGAACGCGACAAAUACAACAGCAGCCGAAAGCGAGGAAGAGGAUGAUAAGCCAAUCAUGAAAAAACGCCUUAAAAAGAAGAACCACAUCAUUGGCCUCAAGGUACUGGAGACAUGCUUCUUCACUAAGCAAAGUAAAUCUGCAACCACUGACAGACUGUUCUUACGAUCAUACCACGGAAACCUUAUAAUAUAUACUUGAUGAUAAUUACCCUUCUCUCUUUUCUAUCUUCCUCUGGUCUUUCUUUUUUCUAGUUAGGUCGCGGCUCCGCCACAAACAUUGAAAAUCAACAUUCCUGUCAUUGAAGCACUUCUUCUGUCCUUAGCCCAUCAAGUAGUUGUAGAUCAAACUCAAAGAAACCUUGGGAGUACUUCUCUUUUCACGUGAUUGUUAGGUGAGCCGUAGCGACGAAUUUCCGAAGCCGAUGACAGAGCAGGAAAUCACAGAGGCUAUGGACGUGCUGUUUAAGAUGACAAAACACGACAACGAAGCGGCUGAGAUGGACGAAAUUAAGAACGACUUGGAGGCCUUCUUCUACAUGGCACGAGAGAAAAUGGAAGCCGAGGUCUAUCAGCAAGUCACCACUGAAGCUCAGCGCAAAGAGCUGCUCAACAAAGUUGAGGAGGUAGUCAAAUUCAUACAUAAUCAACAGUCGCUUGUGCCACAGUAUCGAAUAACUAUGACUGCAACAUUUGCUUUCAGAUAGAUGUUUGCUUGUAGACUUUAUGGCGGCGGAGCAAAUAGACAAAUUGUUCUCAUGAGUAAUUUUCCACAUCCCCUAUAUAAUCUCAGUCGUUGCCUCUAUUAAAUUCACGACAGGUCGAAAACUGGUCAGAAAACGAUGUCACGAAGGAGACAACAUUGGCCGAGAUGAAGGAGAAACUUCAGUCGCUAGAAGAACUCUUCAAUCCUAUCAAAGACCGGGCUAUCGAAUACGAGACUCGCGCAGACUUUAUUGUGCUCAUGGAGAAAGAGAUCAGAAAGGUACUUCAUGAUCCCGUUUUCUAAUUUUUCAGCAUUUGUUUUUUGCCUAUUUUGUCUUUCACAAAUGAAGGUGCAGCAUCACCGCUACGAUGAUGUCCCGUCGUCUAAAUGAAUUGCACUCUACAUCUACCUCUCCAAUUUCUACAUCAAUCAGAUCGAAGAGACGAAAACAAAAGUGAAGGGUAUGCCAUGGUUGAAAAAAGAGGAGGUAGAUAAAGCAUUGCAGAAGGUCGACGACUUCUUGGGAGACUGGGAGAAAAAGAAAGCAGAGCAGGCCGCUAAGCCGGGACACGAAGAGCCAGUAUUCACGAAAGCACAGAUCGAGGGAUACCUGGAUCGGUCUAUCACCGAUUUGAACCGACUCUCUCGGACGAAAAAGCCGAAGGAGCGAAAGCAGAAGCCGCGUGGUGCAGGAAAGAAGGGUACAACUUAAAGUUGAGAUUGAUUCUAGAAAGAGGCAGAAUUUUCCGCACUUGUCGACUUGUAGUUGCAAAAGAAAAAGUGAAUGAUUCUCGUUGUGGUUACUAGCUAAACAAGAACCUGUGUGCGACAACUGGGAGGAGACUCGAGCGCUGGAUGCGUGUGUAGGCGGAUUUUGUGUGUGUGUAUUGAAACCCAGCUUCAUUAUUCUUGAUAUUGGACCAAGCUAUUCUGGUGGUCAAUCUUCAUCUUGUUUUUGUCAUCCACCACCAGGAACUAAGGCGGACACGCGCACGUUUGAUCAACUGGAGACUGAAGAGGCAGCAUUGGCAGCCGAGCUUGAGGAGCUGCGGCAGAAGAAGGUGGACGCCGUGUCCACGGAGGAUUACGACCUGGCAGACAAGCUGAAGACUGAGGAGAAGGCGAAGGCAGACGCCCUGGCGGCUGUGUCCGCCCUGCUCGCAGAGAAAAUGAAAGCAAGUAAAAACGAAGAAGCCACGAGUUCCAAGAAGUCGGCGGACAGCGCAACUGCUGGCGAGGAAGCGGGAGACAGCAAGACACCCGCCAGUGAAGAGGCCAACGCCGAUAGCGCGACCGCGAGCACUGCCUCCUCCGAGAAGUCUGCGGAGGAGCCAGCACCGGAAUCUGAUGCGGACGCAUCUGCUGCACCGGAACCGGAAAAUACUGCGGAACCCGAAAAGGCUGAACUAUAAAGUAGACUGCAAUCGCAGCGAUCCAGCAACAGUGAGUCACACCAAGAAUGUCAUAACAUAGAUGAAGUAGUAUUCGAUUGACAAAAAGAGAUGCUGCAAACGCAGAAGAAAGCAUGAUUGAGCUCUAUUUGAUAUGUCCAAGGUAUGGUACUAUAGUAUGUUGAUGAAAGACGAGGUCGUAAUUUGCCGGCGCGGCUUGGGUUUGCCCAACACGCUUCAGAGCUGUUAUGAAACCAUAAAUGUUCAUGGCAGCUAUAACCAUACUCUUACACCGUAAGCGUAGUCGUUGUUGUUCGCGAUUACCCAUAGUCGCACGAAAAUUAGCGAACGCGACCUCUAACUUGCGCCUCAUAUGGCCAGCAUGAGUAGUAGUCCUGUCAUAAUUUGAACGGCCUUCCGAUAUCAUCGACUUAUCUCUCGUACAAAUAGCACUCAAUAAUUUUUACCAGUUGUUGCGAUGUUGAUCGUUGUACUUGUAGAAUGAAAAAGCAGAGAUGUCCCCACAAUCAGGUGGUGCAUCCCGUUAGCGCAAUCAUUUCUUUGUUCUCGUUAUUGUAAUCAUAAUCUCUUUUUUAACUAGAAUUAUUGUGUCAAGGUUAGAUAUUGCUCGUGACUGUUUGGUUGUGUGCAGAUCGUGGAAAGUUGGUAACAGUUAAAACAUUGAAUGGACACUACACAUCGGAGACAUGACACAAAUGCUUAUUCCAAAUGCUAUGAUGUACGCUUAUUUGUUGGAAAUUUAGUAUAAGAACAGGAACGCAGUCAAUACUCGGAUGAAGUAGAUCUCGACGAGUUGUGCGUCGUCGUGGAGAACAGCUAAUUUUUAACCAGGUCCGUCCCUUCAACUUCUUCGUGUCCUGCCCCUGAAUGGAUGGACCAAGCGGUGCCUCGAUGUGCAUGAUCACAGAUGUGGAAGCGCAAAUAGAGGCAUCCACUCACAUUUUUGAAUCCCGACCCCCGACCACACGCCCUUUUGUUGUAUUACAACAAGGUGAGGGUGCGUGCAGGUCCGUCCCCGCAUGUUUCCCUUGCCAAAAGACUGCUAUAUCGUCACGGCCCCUCUACAACACUAACGCACUCAGAGGUAUUAGGAGGGCUACCUCGUCUUGCUGAGCUUUGUGGCCCUGACGAAAUGCAACCACCUUCUGAAACGCGGAGCCACUGAUCUUUGGCGACUGAUGGCGCAGUCUUGUUCGUCGGAAACAUCGUCCUGCUGCAGAGUGGGAUCUGAUCGUAAGUUGCCACCACCAUGGAUUUCGGCGGUAAUCUGUUGAUAUGCCGAUGGCCUUGCGUCGAUCAUGAAGACAAAGAUCGGCACGUUUUCAAACGGC